GAAACUAUGUUGUGGUCGUGGGACUGUAUCUCAUUUUCUGUGAAGGAAACAUGUAGCUACCUGCUCUGCACAGAAUUACCCCACCACUCCUUGUGCAUUUCCAUCAGACACAAUGACCCUGGACUUGUCUCACAACAGCAUGGCAACAAUACUUCGACAUGAUUUCUCAGGUGUCACCUGGAAGCUCUAUCUACAGUUUAAUCAAAUCCGUGCUGUAGAUCCUGAGGCUUUUCAAGACAACCUAGAGCUGGAGUAUCUGGACGUUUCAAACAACAGGCUGAGUGAUAUUUCCACCUUGCCCUUUAGAAACCUGCCAGCUCUGAAUCAUCUGGAUAUCACCAGCAACAUUGACACAGACAUUAUCUUAGGACCUCAGUUUAGCAGCCUUCAAAACCUCCAGACCGUGAAGCUUGUCAAUCCUCAAAUUUCUUCCUUAAAAGAAAACAGCUUCCAAGAACUUGUCCCUCUGAAGGAAUUCCAUCUUAUUACAGGAGACUUCAGGGAAUACGAGCACUCUCUGAAAUCCCUCGAUGGACUUGAGAAGAUCACUCUGGAGAGUCAGCAGAUCUAUUCUUCCAAUUUCUUUCAAGAAUAUUCGUUGUUUCCACCCUGUCUCAGACCAUUCCCUUCUUUGCGAUCAUUAGUGAUUAAUAACAAUACAUUUGAAGACUUACAGAAACAUAGCAUCAGAACAUCUAAUUUAAAGCAACUGAUGAACAUGUCUGCUAGCUGCAACACAAUAAGUGUGCAAUCCAGUGAAGCAUGCCUUUGGACAGAAAGACUAAAAAAUUGGAACUUGAAAGGCAAUAUCCUCCAGAGUAAUGUCUUUGACUGCCUCCCUGCCUCAUUAGAGAUCAUGGAUUUGAGCCUCAACAGCAUCACUGUAGUUUCUAAUAUUGAAAAGAUGAGAAACUUAAAAGAGCUCUACUUGACUGGUAACCAGAUAUUUUCCUUACAACUGUCCCCUUUGCCCGCUUUGAGAAUCCUUCAUGCUGAUGAGAACAAAAAAGUCAUGUCACCACGAGUAUGCUCAAAGCUUUAACCCUCACUGAACUAACACUUAGCAAAAACCCUUUUGAAUGUGACUGUGGUAUACAAGAUACUGCCUAUUAUUUCCAAAGCAAGCCAAAGUUAUUGAUUGGCCAGAGAAGUACAAUAUAAUAAAGCCGAAAAUAUAAUAAAGACAUGAGCAUAAGAACCAGGGCCCGGCGUGUUUAUCAACAGAUCUCCAUUUGCAAUCAAACUCAACCAGAAAUGCCGUUAGAGAACAUGUGAUAACUUACAAUUAUAAUAUAUAAGCAUAUGAACCAAUGAUUAAAAAUAUACCUUUUUGUGAUAUUAAUGGAAGUGGAUAAUCUCAUCUGAAGUGAAACCGUAGCAUUACAUCUGAAAGUUCAUAUAAAUCAAAACAUGCUAUGUUUUCAUAAAAAAAAUAGGUUACAUAUGUACAGUACAGUAACAGGAACAGCAUAAGUGACGUCACCAUGAGUUUUAAAUCACACUAAAUGAACUGGAAUAUUGAGGAGGCUUAUAGCCUUUUCCAAUACAGAGCUUCCUCUUGGUAGCUGUUGAUGUGUUUCUUUUACUCUCUUGCUCUGAAAGUGGGUAGCUUGAAAAUGAUUUAAUACUAACUUGUAGGGGAAGUGUUUUAUCUAUAUUGUAUGUUGUGGGGCCAGGGUUUAAAACACAGCUUUUACAAUUUACUUGGCUAAUAGUUCAAACAGUUUCAAUUUGAUUUUGGGAAUCAGAACAUUAAGAUUUAUUGUUUUUCUUUUGCGAAUGAGGUCAAGUACUCUGUACUGUGUGUAAAAGUGGCCAUUCUAAUUAGGGUCUUCUACAUACAAAUAUGUUCUUACUAGAGUAUAGCCUCCAGUGUAAGUGUAUUUACAACCUUGAUUCUGGAUCACCCUGUGAUAUAUACUCUAUGAUGUAUUUUUUAAUUCCCUACAUUACCUUCAA